AUGACUUGCCGAUCGUCUUGUCUGAGCUCCCGCAGUGGAGCCCGCACCACCAGCUGCUGUGUGUCCGCCCAGAGGCACAGCUUUGGCCGCACCUUCAGCUGCGCCUCGGCCUGCGGGCCCCGGCCCAGCCGCUGCUGCAUCACCGCCGCCCCCUACCGCGGCGUCGCUUGCUACCGCGGCCUCAGCCAAGGCUUCGGCAGCCGCAGCCUCUGCGGUGGAGGCUUCCGCGCUGGCUCCUGCGGCCGCAGCUUCGGCUACCGCUCGGGCGGCGUAUGCAGGCCCAGCGCCCCCUGUAUCACCACCGUGUCGGUCAAUGAGAGCCUCCUGACGCCCCUCAACCUGGAGAUCGACCCCAACGCACAGUGCGUGAAGCACAAGGAGAAGGAGCAGAUCAGAGGCCUCAACAGCAAGUUCGCCGCCUUCAUCGACAAGGUGCGCUUCCUGGAGCAGCAGAACAAGCUGCUGGAGACCAAGCUGCAGUUCAUCCAGAAUCGCAAGUGUUGCAAGAGCAACCUGGAGCCACUGUUCAGCGGCUACAUCGAGACGCUGCGGCGGGAGGCCGAGUGCGUGGAGGCCGACAGCGGGCGGCUGGCCUCCGAGCUCAGCCGUGUGCAGGAGGCGCUGGAGGGCUACAAGAAGAAGUAUGAAGAGGAGGUGGCUCUGAGGGCCACAGCGGAGAACGAGCUUGUCAGAAUCAAGCAGGGGGUCAACGGUGCCUAUGCGUGCAAGGCAGACCUGGAGGCCAAUGCCCACAGUCUGGUGGAGGAGAUGAGUUUCCUGAGGGCCUUGUAUGAGGAGGAGAUCCGCGUGCUGCACGCCCACAUCUCUGACACCUCGGUUGUGGUCAAGAUGGACAACAGCCGGGAACUGAGCAUGGACUCGAUUCUGUCUGAGAUCAAGGCUCAGUACGACGACAUCGCCACCCGCAGCCGGGCUGAGGCCGAGUCCUGGUACCGCAGCAAGUGCGAGGAGAUGAAGGCCACGGUGAUCCGGCACGGGGAGACCCUGCGCCGCACCAAGGAGGAGAUCAACGAGCUGAACCGCUUGAUCCAGAGGCUGACGGCCGAGGUGGAGAACGCCAAGUGCCAGAACACCAAGCUGGAGGCGGCUGUGACGCAGUCUGAGCAGCAGGGCGAAGGGGCACUGAAUGAUGCCAGGAGCAAGCUGGCGGGGCUGGAGGCCGCCCUGCAGAAGGCCAAGCAGGACAUGGCGUGCCUGCUCAAGGAGUACCAGGAGGUGAUGAACUCCAAGCUGGGCCUGGACAUCGAGAUCGCCACCUACCGCCGCCUGCUGGAGGGCGAGGAGCACAGGCUGUGUGAAGGCGUCCGUGCUGUGAAUGUCUGUGUGAGCAGCUCCCGGGGUGGAGCUGUGUGUGGGAGCCUCUCCACCACCCGCACCUGCGGCAUCGACUCCCGUGGGAUGGGCGCGGGUGGCAGCUGCUGCAAGAAGUGUUAG